AUGGCAGCGAGGCGUUGGCGGAUAAAAGGGUGUGGAGGAUGGACGGUCAGUGGCAUCGCACGGUUUGAGUGGCUCAAAGGGGGGAACGAGAUAGAUGUUCUCAGGGAGGUAGAUGUCCUCGUCGUCGUUUCCGGAAGGGGACCACCCCCUGAUGGUGAAUUCCAUUGA